CACGUAAAUAGAAACACGUUUUAUCACCAGUCGCGCGUAUUUUUUGGGGGCUAUUUUCCAAAACUGGAUGCUGUAUUACCAGAAUCGGUUCAGACACGAUUUGUAGAAGCGAGCUCGAGCAUGCUCAGUCAGUAAAAAGCAAUUCUUGGAAUUAGUGGAAGACAUCAGUUAACUUGCAGCUGUUGUAGCGUGACGGCACGGUACUUUCCCUUCUUUAAGUUUCUAUUUCAGUUUCCAAUAUGUGACCUCAGAUAGUCUUUCAAGAGGUACCGAGAGCCAAAUACAAUGAGCGAGGAAGAAGAUCAUCGCAAAGUUGUCUGUUUUCUACAGCCUAAUUUUACUGACGUUCUCAAAAGCAAAGAAGCUGGCGAAAAACGGUUUAUCGUGACAGAGUUUGACGACUGUGACACAAUCCACGUUCGAGUUCAAUGCCGUGAUACUCCAAGUAAGCCAGAAGAGCGAGUCGCUUUCAAGGUCUUUGAAGAGCUGCCGCCUUGCUCAGAGAUUCCAGAAAUUGCUUCUAGUCUGAUUUCCAGUCUUCCCGCUCUCGAUGAGCCGCAGCUUGCAAUCUUGGUUUCUGAAGACGACCAUGUCAGAGCCUGUGUGCGACCGAAGUCGACUGAACCCCUAGAGCAAGCAGCUGUUCUGCGCCAACCCCGAAGAUCCCAGCUGUACUCGCGCAGUCGUGGCAUACUGGAGUCGAGUCUUUUGGAGGAACGAAAGGUUGCUGUGGUUGGUCUCGGAAGUGGCGGCUCCCAUGUGGCAAUAGAGCUAGCCAAGGCUGGAGUUGGCAAGUUUGUAUUGGUCGACUUCGAUCGAAUUGAGCUGCACAACAUCAUCCGCCAUAUUUGUGGUUUAAGCGACCUGGGGCGUCUGAAGACCAAUGUCAUGCGAGAUCGUAUUCUGGACAAGAACCCAUUUGCCGAGGUGGAGAUUUUCAACACCAACAUUAAUAACUUAGACGACGCCAGAAGAAUUCUCAAAGGAUCUGACGUUGUCAUUGCUGCGACCGACAACAUCAGAAGUAGGCUCAAUAUCAACACACUUUCCAUAGAGCUUGGAAUACCCACCCUCUACGGCAAAUGUGCCGUGAGAGCUGCAGGGGGAGAAGUGCUGCGGGUGAGACCAAAGGUGGGUCCAUGCUUCUCUUGCAUCUACGCUGAUGCAUCGAUGGAAGCCAGUGCAGAAGAGAUGUCCUCCUUCCGUCAAGCUCGUGAGGCUAAUCCUCCUUACGUUGGAGACGAUGAAGUUAAGGCUACAAUUCAGGUCGGGCUGUCCUCGGACAUCAUACCCAUCGCCAACAUGCUGGUGAAGCUGGCCCUGGUGGAGCUCUGCCGUGGUAAGGAUAGCGCCUUAGCGCCGCUGGAGAAGGAUCUGGCGGCUCCCUAUUACAUGUGGGCCAAUCGUAGAGAGCAGCAGUUUGCAGGUUACCCAGAAGAUGGCUUUCAUAGGUUCGACCGGCCAGGAAUUCUGAGGUGGUAUCCAAUGAUGAGCGAAAGAAAAUCUGACUGCAAGACGUGCCAAGAUAUGGAAGCCAGUGCCGCAAAUGUUGACUUUUUCUCUUCCCCAGAAAAGUAAACGUGCACGUCAGGAAAAGUAUUCCGAAUAGGAAGCAUAAAUCUCAGUGCAGGACGGUAGAAUUAGUGAUAAUUCAAUCUAGUUUAUCAGAAUUAACUCUCUGGGUACAACGCUCCAUUCUAUAGGUUGAUCGUUACUCUGUAAAACCAAAUAGUCUAAUAGUUUUUAAUGAAUAUUUAAACCGAGGCAGAGACGUUGACAGUGUUGAUCAGUGAUUGUAAUUGACCUAGCAAUAAAAUAAAUUUAUCCUUUCCCAAAAGGCUCAGAUUGUUGCCCCUUGUUUUAUCAUCUGCAUUACUAGCGUGAUGGCCGUUAUUAAUGUUCUAAAUGUAAUUGGUGAUUUCGUGACCAUUUAAAGCUGUAAACCGAACCGGAAGUGGCUUAGUCGGUUAUUUCUCAGAAACAAAUCACGCCAUGGGAUAGCAACUGACUUAAUCAUUCAGGUGAAAAGUGGAAAUUUGCAUAUAUAUGCUUCGCCCCGCGAUUUUAUGACAAACUCU